UUUACAUCCUUUAGUCUUCCCAUGUUCAAGAUUUGCUCUUCUCAUUCAUCUUAUCUCCGAUACUGAGAGCAAUGGGUACCAUUUUCGAGACUGUUUGUUCAGCUGUUGAACGUCUUCGACCAGUUUUUAAUUUCUUGGCGGCACAUGGAGCUUACAUUUGCAAGAUUGAGGAGAAUCUUGACGAUCUGAAGAAUUCUUUGGAGGAUCUUAAAGCAAAAAGAUAUGAUUUGUUACGCCAAGUUGAUGCUGAAGAACUCAGGGGUGGACUACGGUCAGCGAAGUGGAAAGGUGGCUUUCAAAAGUCGAAACCAUUGAAACCGACACCAAUCUGCUGGUUGAUGAUGCUUUCGCUCUACAGCGAAGGCUGUCAACAUAUGGUGGUGGCUGGGCAAGCUCCUCCUACCGUGGUAGUAGAAGAACCUGUUCAGCAAACAUUUGGCCUUGAUACAAUGCUUCAAAGGAUAUGGAGCCUUCUUAGGGAAUCUGAUAUUAGAAUGUUGGGUUUAUAUGGUAUGGGGGAGUGGGUAAAACUACACUCCUCAGUCUAAUUGAUAACAAGUUCGUUAAUUCAAAGGAUGAUUAUGAUGUGGUCAUUUGGGUUGAAGUUUCUAAAGAUGCAGAUAUUAGGAUGAUUCAAGAGGAUGUCGAGAAAAGAUUAGCCCUCUUUGGCGAGGAUUGGGUCAAUAAAUCACAAAGGGAGAAAGCCGGUGAUAUACGCAGGGUUCUAAAACAUGUGAAGCACUGAUUUGUGUUGUUAUUAGAUGACUUAUGGGAGGAAGUGAGUUUAACAGCAAUCGGAAUUCUAUUGCAGGGGAGAGAAUACAAAGUCGUGUUUACUACUCGUUUUAAGGAUGUUUGUGAAAGUAUGGGGGAAAAUAAGAACAUAAAAGUUGAAUGUUUAGCCGAGAAGCACACAUUGGAUUUGUUAAAACAUCAUUCCAGAAGAGACACAUUAAAUGGCCAAAUGCUUGAGCACGCAAAAGAUAUUGUGAAAAAGUGCCUUGGGUUCAAAUUAGACAAGCCGUGAAAGAAGUUUUAAAGACAAAACCCAAGAAACAAGAUCAUGGCUUUGGAUUGGAAGAAAAAUGAAAAAAAAAAAAAAAAAAAAA